CAUACACCAAAUGACAAUGUCACAAAAUAUAUCUUCUGCACAACAAGAUCAUAUGCUCUCGCCACACAAUGAUUCUCCACAACCACAGCUGCUACCAACACAAACAUCACCAGAUGGAACAUGUUUGAGAACUUCUGCACAACAUACCCAAGGUAAUUGGAUUGAUAAAAAGACAAAAGAACAAUCCAUGGUAGCAGCAACUGUAAUCGCAACAAUGACAUUUCAAUCAGUAAUAAGUCCACCAGGCGGUGUUUGGCAAGAAGAUACAAAACACAGUGUUAGCUUUUGUAAUGGCAGCAGAAGCAAUAAGCUCAAAAACAGAAAACAGAAAUUAGAGAAGAAAAGAAAUGGAAGAGAAAGGGACAAUAACAAUGUUUACUAUGCUGCAAAUUUUUUAUAUAUCAUCCAUACAUCCUUCUUACAUACUUAUAGCCAAAUACUUAAAACAGUUAGUUUCUUGAGAUCACAUGACUCUUCAAUAGCAGCAACUUUGGCUUCAAAUUUGUCGGAUUCAUGUUCCUUCAUUUUCAGCAUUUCAAACUCCCUUUUAAGAGUCAAUAACUUUAUGGAUCUUACCCUUUCAUCACCAGCAUACCUUUCGUUCAGCUCAUCCCAUAUUUGUUUGGCUGUUUCGAGAUGCAUGAUUCCCGUAAACACAUCAUCUGCCAAGGCUGAAUGCAGAACUGAAACCGCUUUCUCCUUCUUCAAUUUCUCCUCCUCAUGUAACCAUACAUGCACUACUUAUGAUUUCUGUGAAGCAGGCACUGCAGCUGUUAUGAAAUUUAUAUUUUUCAACUCUGCAUCUUUCUUUGCUUCUCUAUGUGUGGUGUUGGUUCUCAUCAGUGGAUUUCCACUUGGGAAUAAGGCCGUGAUGGGGAUUUUAACAGAUUUAAUGAUAAUUGCUGUCACAUUCAUGUUGCUCACAUACAUGUGGGCACUUGGAUUGAUUAGUCCUAAUCAUGUUUGCUAUAGAAUUCGCAAACUGGGAUAUGUUUUGGUUGGUACUUGGUCUUUCUUACUUCUAGUUGUUGUUUUGCAUUAG